UUUUCGUACCUUGUACUCGCAAUCCUUUUGACACCCGGAGAAGAUUCCUAACAGCUAUCCUUGUGAUUUCUCAACAAGAAUCUAUUCUGGAUAAACCUCACCUUCUAUAAUGCCUCUGGCAAACGUUCACCUGGGUAAAUGUAUAUAAAUUGCAAGCUCAAUGUACAAGGCAGAAUUGGUAAUGUCAGCUCCCAGUGAAGGAAACUCCGGCUUUGGGACCGUCAUUAAACACUAGCAAUAAGAGAUGGAGGACAAAGACUUAAACAUUUCACCCUUCUCCAAUAACAAGAUGUCCAGUCAGAUCAGUACCUUGGAUUUGCCUGAUGAUGGAAGCCCUGGUAAAGGACCCUUCCUAAAAAGUUUGAGUUUCAGGUUAAGUAAAAGAAAUUUGAAGAAAAAGGACACCCAGGAAGAACCCGGGUCUCCAGAAAAGAAAGAGACGACUGAUUUGCAACAUGUUAUUGGAAACAAGUUAAGAAAUAGCUUCCGGUCUAGUAGAAAGAAACUGGAUAUCAACAGUUCGGAUAACAAAUGUGACAUGUCUGUGAAUGGUGAAACUUUAAGGGAAGAACCGCCUCAGGAGAAGGAGAUAUUGUCAGUUAUGGAAAUAAACGAAAUAAUCACUCAAAAUCAACUUGAAAGGGCAUUUGGAAGCAUACAAGUAAUGGAGGAUAAUCUCUUGAAAGAAUAUAAAAAGGGCAUUUACAAGAGCAACGAAUCAGAAUAUAAACGAAAAGCCAAAGAUGUGGACAUGUUGUAUGACAAGCUCUUUAAACAAGUGAAAUCCAUUGUGAAAAACUCUCUUGUGCAAGAAGAUCAAAUGGAUGAACAUAUGGUGAGAUCGGUGGUCCAUAUUAUUGAUGAAGAAUCUAAGAAAAAUAGAAAGCUAUCAGUAGAAGAAGCCAAAUUAGUGAGUCCUUCUCUUGGAAUACCAAGAAAAUGGAAGACACUCUGGAAAGGUGUCAUAAAAGAGAAUGCAAUGGAAAGAAUCAGUUCUGUGCCUAUGGCAUCAACAACCGAGCGACGGUGGCUUGCUGACCAUCUAGAGUUACUCAACAAAAACAUUGUUCAAGACUUAUUAAAAGUGAAGAAUUCUUUGAAGCCACUUUAUCCAGAUGAGUAUGAUGUGUUUGGAACUUACGUCCGGAGCUUCCAUGACAGUCUGUCAUCCCACAUCACAGGGGAAAUAUUAUCUAAAUCUCUGACGUUCAGCCAGAUGCACGGAUUGCUUGAUUGGGUUCUAAACAUAUACAUAAGCGAUUCUUUUAUGGGUCAUCCAGACAUUAAUGUUACCAAGAUUUCUUUGUUAGAUGACGAAUGCAUCCAAAGAUUAAAGAGUGAUUAUCAAUCUGAGCUUCGGAUGACAGGGAAUCAUAUAAGAGAGUCAGCAAAACUUUCAAAAGACUUAGAAACACCAACAUUUCAUAUUUGUAUGGAGGAGCUAUCCACCUUUACUGAAAGGCUGGUAUCAGAAUUUACAUCCUUUUUCUCGGGAAGUUUCACUGGCUUGUUUGUUCAAUACUUAGUUAUCUACGUGAACAGCUUUCAAAAAUUAAGGAAAAACCCAAAUCAGUCCGACACAGAGCCGUGCACACAGGCAGUAACAAGCAUCGAUAAUGCCAAUGAUACCUUGAAAAAGCAUUUCUUCCAAGUUUUCAGUUCGUACACACUGCCGUCUUUUAAAAAGCUCAUCACAAAAAAAUGGCUUUCACAACGUACAGAUUUCAAUGCAGUCAUUAAAUCUACUAAGGAACAAUGCCAGUACCUAAAAUAUCUAAUCACACCUCUUGACAAGGAGUUUGUCAACGAUGUUCACAAGCAUCUUGUAAAAGGAUAUCUCACAGAGAUCAUGAAGAGAAAAAUGAGUUUAACAAUGAGCCAACGUAAAAAAGCAUCUCAAAUAAUGAACCAGGAGGGUACUGACUUAAACUCCGCAGUACAGGAUCUGGGUUCUGCACACGAAUAUUUAUUUUCUGCUAUUCACUGUAUUGCUGAAAUACUUUGUUUGAGGAAAAGAGAAGAAAUCCAAUCGAAGCUCGAUAUAUUAUACCAGACGUAUCCAGAUAUUAGUGACGAACAUAUAUAUUCCAUCUUCCAUCUACAAGGCAUACGAAGGAGCAAAAAAACGUUAUUGAUGAAUUAUUUUAGAGGAUUACAGAGGAUGGAACACCAUCCUCCCCCCAAUCAAACUCUGUUUUCAGAGAUCGAGAAUUCAACGAGAACAACUUGCUUCUAAAGUUUUCAUUUUGUUCACCUGUUAUGUCAGUUUAUAUGAAAACCUAAUUUUAAAUAGGCCAGUUGGUUUUAAUCUACUGAAAUAGUAUUUUUAAAUAUAUUAAAUCAUAUAU